GAGUCCGCCAGCCGCGCAUGCGUCAUUAGGCGGCGGGAGUUUUCUAAGGGGCGGCUCUGGCGCCGCCGGAAGCUAAUGAAGCGGUCCCAGAGGUGGAAGGAGCAGCGUCCUUGGUGCAGCGCGUCCAGGGGUAACCCGGAGUGUUGGAGAGAGUGACCUGCGGCCUUGUGUUUCGGAGACGGAGGCUCUGGGCUGGACAGGCGUCUCUCUGAGGUGAAAAAGUCGCAGGCCUGUUCACGGACGAGGCCUCCCUCACCCCCGCACCAGCCUCUUUGGGGUCGGACAACUCGGCUCAGCCCACACCCUGCCUGCCCGUCGUCACGCCCGAAACCGGUUCAACUGACUGCAGCGUGAAACUGUUGAUGGUACUUCCAGAGCUGUGGCAACGAUUAAAUGGCGCAGUAACGCACAUACAGUUUUUACAUACACACUGAAGUCCUGGCAUGUAAUACGCGCUUAAAAGGGUUCUCACCUCAGGAUGACUUCUAGACCGGAGAUAGUAAAAGAGAUGCUUCCUGGAUGUUUCCAUGACCUGGGGCAAAUGUUUCCUUUUGCCACUUUUUUUGCACAGAUUCUUAGUUGUGAUGGGUUUGAUUCUGUAUUUUGACUUUUUUAUGACAAGUGCUAGAAGAGGAACCAGUGGCAUCUAAGACUCACGAUCGUCAACUGGAAUCAGAUCCCAACCCUGUGGAAGUGUGUAAUAAAUCGUCUGCCUCCCUGAAGAUGACUGAACGUGUUUCAAAGGAACGAAUUCACCUUGGCCGUAGCCCCCCAAAAGGGGAAAGUGGUGAUCUCAGCCACCAGGAAGGACUUGAAUCCAGGUCCCUUCAUUUGUCCCCAGAGCAGUCUGCUUGUCAUCAAGCCAGGAGGCAGUCCUGGCGGCGAGCAAGUAUGAAGGAAACGAACCGGCGGAAGUCACUGCCUCCCUUUCAUCAGGGCAUCACAGAGCUCUGCAGAUCCAUCAGUGUCGACGUAACAGAAAGCAAACGGCUGAGCUCUCUCCUCCUUUCCAGUUUCCAGUUCUCUGUUCAGAAACUUGAACCUUUCCUAAGGGGAACUGAGGGCUUCAGUCUUGAAAGUUUCAGAGCCAAAGCAUCUUCCCUUUCUGAAGAGUUGAAACAUUUUGCAGACAGAUUGGAAAGUAAUGGAACACUACAAAAAUGUUUUGAAGAUUCAGAAGGAAGAGUAUCAGAUUUGGCUCUGGAAACAUCAGUGGCUGAGAUGAAGGAAUAUAUAACAAAGUUUUCUUUAGAACGUCAAAGUUGGGAUCAGCUCUUGCUGCGCUACCAGGAAGAGGCUGAAAAGAUCCUAUCAAGAGGAUCAGCUGAAACCAAAAAUACUGAAGUUGAAGUGGAACCUAGAAUGUAUGUUGGGUCUUCCCAGAGUGAAGUCCUUAAUACAAAACCUGACUACCAGAAGAUACUGCAGAACCAGACUAAACUCUUUGAUUGUAUGGAGUUGGUGAUGGACGAACUGCAAGGAUCCGUGAAGCAGCUGCACGCCUUUAUGGAUGAAAGUACCCAGUGCCUCCAGGAGGUGUCAGUACAGCUCGGGAAGAGAAGCACUCAACAGUUAGAUCCUUCACCAGCUCGAAAACUGCUCAAGCUUCAGUUACAGAAACAACCUAGCACUUAUUGCUCUAAGUCUUGUCAGUGACCUAAUGCAGCUUUUCUGCCACAAGGUGCUCUAGAGGAGAGAAACCACAAGAGUGCCCCAGUGCACGGUGGGCUGAGCUGUGACAUCUGCUCUGUUGCCUUUGAAGAUAACUGGCUGACUGUAAAGCACUCUGAUUUUUUUUCUUAAAAUGGAAUUUAUGCAUUUGAAAGCAUGUCAUAUACAAGCUUUUUCCAAGAACGGGGAAAAUGCUUGAGACUUUGCUUUGGAAUGACCUUCAGAACUAGUAGCCCAUUCUUUGAAAUAUCCUUUGUGAUCAGAAAUCUCCCUACUCUGAAGAUGUUUUUGAAGUUUUGAAACAACCUAAAGUCAUUCAGGACCAAAUCCAGUAAGCAUUUUAGGGCUCAUUCUGGUUGUAACAGAAUGAGACUGACUUUCUCCUGUGACUUUGAGGGUGAUGUUAGGUAGAGGAGUUGUGAGCAUUGUUUGCAUUGUAUGGAUACAUAUAUCUUCUUACAGGAUUCCCAAAUUGAAGAUAAUAACACUUUCUCUAUAUCCUGAUGUCUAUAAUGUGUUUUAGCUUUUUUGGGGGGGGGGCGUGCUGUACCAUGUGGCAUGCAAGAUCUUAGUUCCCCAACCAGGGAUCAAGAAGGGGUUAAGUAUCUCUUUUUCAUUGUUCUCCGUAUUUGUUAAUGAUUUGCAUUAUAAGAUCGCAUGUUCUUAAAAGCUUUCCCUUGUCCUUGUGUAUGAAAAAAUGAAAAGGCGGGGAAGGCUUAGCAGAAAAUAGGAUUCUUUGUCAGGACCCAGAAGUGAACAGUAGUGUGGAGUUACACCUCAGUGUUAACAGCCAAUAAAACACCAACUAAUUUA